GAGCUUUGGUUUUACGCGCGUCUUUAAAGUGCAGUGUGACCUGGUCAAUGUGUAUCUUACCUGCAAGGAAAUUCCCUGAUUAUAAUUAGGGAGAUUGCGCUAAUUUUAUAUAUUCAUGCUAAUCUUGACGUAAUUUCAUUGAAAAUUAAGCUGAACUACUACUGAGCAUCCCAAUGGCUUUGGAUAACAACGUUCCACUAUUGUUGACACAAUCAUUUCUUGAUCUUCGUGACGAGUGCUAUUCCCUCUUGGACGAAGUGAGAUUUAUGAAUAACAAUCGUUUACCAAAAAACACGCCAAUAUGCGCCUACGCCAAACUAUUCGCCCAAUUCUGCUUAUUAUCUGAAGAAUUGGAGAGGUGGCUUAAAAGAGUUUGUAAAAUGGCUUUCGAAGGACGGUUGGGCCAUGUUAGUCGUUCAGAAUCUUACAUGAAUCAGAAUUACCUUGCAUGUAUUAACAAUCGAGACGUUGACCUUAAUCGUUUACGUUCCCUGGCCAACCAGCUUUUGGUUAUGUCCGGAAAGACCUCUGAUAACGCAACUGAACCAGUGGAAGAUUUUCUUGGGGUCAAUAUUUCCAGUAGACUUCAAGAAAUCGAAACCAUAUGGAGUGAUAUUACAAGUCUCGUUCAACCGAUGAGCUUAUUUCACGACCCAUCACGUACAAUAAAAGAUGUUGAACUGGACGUUCAAGAAACUGAGGCUAAGCUUCGCUCAAUCAGUAGACGAUCUUUUGACCUACAGACCGUAUUAACCAAGUCGAUCAGAGGAACAUGUGACUUGAAUUCAUAUAUGAGUGUACUUGAGGCGGAGCAUAUCUCUCUCAAACGAUCUAUGCAAACACUGUCCGCCGCUAGCUGUAUACUUUCACAGCUCCAUAUGUUUAGUAUCGAAAAUAAUCUGCAUUCAUAUGGAGGUGAAACUUUUGAUUUGCUUAUCUGCAGACUUACUGAGAAUAUCAACAAGUUAACUGACGGAGGCUGGUCUCUUUGGUGUAUGCACCUGGAGUUACGUGAACGCUGGAAGUAUUUAUCUAAAGGUCGAAGUUCUUUUGAAAAUCUGAAUUUUGAUGUGAACAAUCGGAUCGAUUAUUCAACUUCCAGUGUAUAUUCACUGUGUUGUUCAGAAUCAGGAUUUGCAAGUGAUGCUGACCAAUUCCUAACUUGUCAAGCAGUAGAUCAAUUAGGUUUAUCUAAUUCUAAUUUUGUUAUUUCUGAUUUAUUCACUACGAAGUCCAAAAAUAGAAAAUCAUUUUCUUCUGUAAAUGAUAAUAUUCUUUCUCAAUCCUUGGACUGUUUAUGGACUUCCAAUACAGAUUCAAAUGAUUCAGAGGCAAUCAGUGACUCACCUUCUGGUUUAUUCCAUGAAAUUUAUAACCGUACACCAACUAAAUUGGUCAGUUUUUCUAUGGAGCCUAAUGGGAAGAGUGGCGAUAAUGAUAAUGACAAGACUAAUAAAUAUAAAUACUCUGCAAAACAGCCGAAAUGUCCGUUUGAUAUUUGUUUCGAACAAACAAAUUCCUUAGAAGAUUUUAACCGUGAUAACCUGAGCAUGCAUGUAGCAGAUACUCAUGAUUUGGGUUCUCUUUAUUCACGUUUUCAUUCCAGUGAUUCUGGAUUGAAACGCAAAUGCUCUUCUGCAAAUCGAAUUCGGCUUAAUUCUUGGAGUGGAGAAGAUAUAUUUAAGAUGCCCAUUGGUAUUUUUUCCUCAAAGGAUCAUCAACGUCUUCAAUUCAUAGCAACAUGUGGUUUUUCUUCCCCUGGCACUUUAACUAGUCCUAAACAAUACAAUUAUAGAAAGUUACGAAGAAAUUCAUUUUCGUCUUUGUUACCCCGUAUAGAUCACCAUUCAAAUCCAAAUACUGUUGAUCUACGUGAAACAGCAAAUUAUAAUUUGAAUGGCACUACCUGCUCAGAGUUAUUACCAACUACUGAAUUCAAGUCAAAUCUAUAUCGUUCCAAUUCUCAACAAUCCCCUGAUCUUUUAUCAAUAAUUAUUCCUCCGAAUAAUUCAAACGAUAAUCAUAGUAUCAAUGGUAAUAAUAAUUCUGAACAUGUUGAAAUAUCAAAGAACUUUAAUCAUGUUCAUAAAGACCAUGGUCUGGUGUAUGGUAUCUAUGUUCAUUUCGAUGAAAAACCCUCUAACAUUCAUAGGGACGAUAAUAAUGCUGAUGGACUGGAAUGGGAUGAUUCGGGUGAUUUACAAAUUGCAAAGUCUGAUUCCCCAUCACUGUUGCCAAGUAAUGAAUCAGCCGACACAUUGAAUGGAUCUAUUCUUCCCUGCUCUCCACUUACCCUUGCUGCUGAGGCAUUAGUUUCUCCUCGUUUUCAGUUAACUGAACCCCACGUUCAGCAUCUCAGUCAAAUUGUUAACUCACAACAAAAAUCUCACACAGAGGUCUCUUUACAUCCCUCACAUCAUUCAGAAAUUUCCAUACUAAUAAACAAUUUAUCUGUCAGUCAAAAUAAUUCUUAUUCUCCAGAAUCAGUGAAAUCCUGGGAACAAACUAUUGAGGUACAGAAGUGCUAUUCGGCUUGUGCUAAUAUUGAUUUUCCUGAAUUGCAUACACCUACACAUCCUGAUACAAUAGUAAAUAAUAACGAAGCAUAUUGUUACAAUCGGGGCAACAAUAAUCAUACUAAAUUAGGAGCUGCUUCUGUCAUGGAUUUGCCCGAUAGUUCGUUGAUAAAGGAAGCUGAUAUUCUCCCUCUUUUAACGUCAAUACGUCGGGACGCGUUUCCACUUAUUAAACUAUUAUUACGUUUAGAAGAAAAAUCUGUGACUGGAAUUUUGGAUUCGGAUUUGCAAGUUAAUGAAAAUCCAUGCUCACAAAAAUUGGAGGACGAACGUCGACAACUGGAUAUUGAUAAAAGUUAUCUCACGCAUUAUGGUAAACGUCUUACUCAGUGGACUAAUACUAUGGAUAAGUUAUUGGAUUCUUUUCGAUCUGAGGAAGCAGGCUAUAAGACACAAUCACAAACUUCACUAUCAAUCGCUUUAAAUACAUUUAGUGAUUGGUUAUUAGCUCUUAAGGCAAGGAACUUUCGCUCCUGUGGAAAACAUAUGGUCUUGAAUGGCAAAUAAGUACUCUAAUCCAGUACAUAGUAAUGGAGUACCUGAUUAAUCACUUAUGGUUGGUAACUUUAAAUAAGUUUCCAUAAAAUUAUUUGACUGUAGAAUCUUAUUUUCUAAUUUUACAUUCUUACAAGUAUUAAAUUUACCUGUAUCUGUAUAUUCAUUUACAUAAUUAUGGUUAUUUUUCUGCGGUAUUUCUUUUUUUUUGUAGACAUACUAUGGCUUUUUGGGUUAUAAAUUGGCGUUCAUCUAUGUUUGAUCAUUUGGUGGGAGAAAGCUAUGACGCGAAUGUAUCGUUGUUGGGCAUGAAACAACGUGUUCAGACAGCAAUUCAUAGAGCGCAGGCGGUAUUGAAACCACUUCUACAGUCUUAUGAUGAGUUUACGUCAUCUAUUGAUAAUGUUGACCACUGUUUAAAUGAAAUACAUUCUGAUCUUGGUGUAAUUUCAACCUAUUCAUCCAACGAGUUCGUAAACACUUUAGAAGAACUACGUGAUUUAAAUGAAAAUCUAUGGACUAUCCAGUCACGUUUGGGUUCAUGUUACUUAUUCAAUGACUUCUGGAAAUUUUCCUGUAAAUCAAACAUUCUUGUACAACAUGAUAGUCAUGAUCAUCAUGGUAAAGAAUUGAAUGUCAAUAUAUCAAAAUGCUCCAUUACCAAUUUAAUUCAUUUUUCUUGUGAACUUCGUCAGAAAAUUCUAACUAUGAUUCGUGAUUUAGAAUCGGCAAUAAUUAACAAAUCAAAUGCAAUUAUACUUAAAACAAAACACUUGUCAAUUUACCAUGCAAAACAACACUUAAUUGAUUCAACUAUACCUUUUAUUGUAGAAAAAGACAAAGAAGUGAUUGACAGUAUGAUCUCAUCAAAUGACUCGGUACAGUUGGACAACUAUUAUCUCGAUACUGCAGUUGGUCAUUUACGCUCACGUUCUUUUCACGGUUCACUGUAUUAUACACUUUUCUCACAAACUUAUUCUAAUAUUUUACCACAUUUUAUAUUCAGUAUCAAUAAACGGUCAUUCGGAAGAUGCUUUUUAAUCUUUUUACUUAUUUCUAUUGUAUUUAUUCUAUUUGAAUCGUUCUUUGGUGAACGUUCCAUAAUUUCGCUAAAGUCUCUUGGUAAUGGUUGUCAUAGUGAUGGUCCGGUCGUUGAACUAAGCACAAAUCAUUUAGUGAAAUUCUUUACCUGUUUUCAACUUCCCAAUUCAAACAAUGUGAUUUGGUAAUUCCUUAUUCACACUUUUAUGAAUUUGUAUGUUUUGAUUACGAUCAUGGUUAUAAAUGUUAAAGUCAUUUGUCUACUGGACUCUGAGUCUAAUGCGUAUGCGAUCAUAUGAACUAGAUUUCUUUCUACUUUUAUCAUGUUUAUUUGUACAUUUACCAUAUCACGAAUUUGUUUUGUACAAUUGUAGUUUUCUUUCUUAAUAUUUUCUUUCAUCCCGUAUAAUUAUUAGCUGGAUUAAAAAGCUUUUAUUUCCUGAUGAUGAUAGUAUUUUUCCCCAUGAUAUUGCAUGACGUUGUUCCGCCCUCAAUGUAAUUUGGAGCGCUAUGACUUCAGUUGCGUUUUAACAGUGUCUACUGAUAACUAACGAUGGGAUCAAGCAUUUUGAUAUUUUGGAUACUCAUCAUUUUAAUCUUUACAUAUCUCAGUAAAAAUUGGUACUUUCAUAAGUUAAACGACGUGUGUCUCUUCUGAGAUUUUAAAAAUUUCCUCAUAUACAUCACUUCGAUUUUCGAUUUCAUUCGUUCUAGCAGUUGAUUGGUGUGCUGCAUGCUUGGAUUUAGCUUGGAAUAUAGAAUUUCAUGAAAGGUUCGGUAUUACUGAAGUCCGUUAUUUAUCGGAGCAUGUCAACUAUGCAUUAAACGUUAAAUUAUUCUGUCAAUAUUUAAAUGAAUUAUUAUCGAUGCA